AUGUCUAAGGACAGGAAUUUUACAGGAUGCUGGGCUUGCAGAUUUAAAAAACGUAAAUGUGAUGAGCGUAAGCCAAUUUGUUCGUUAUGCCUUAAACACGGUGUGGAAUGUUGCUAUGACGUGAGAUUAAGUUGGCUUCCAGAAAAUAUGUAUGUUGUUAAAGAUAACGAGUUAGGAGUCAUCAGUGGUAAUUCUAAUAGAAGGAUGUCCAAAGAGAAGUUCAAAGAAUUGACGAAUUUGAAAUAUGAUAGUCCAAUAUCAGAGAGUGCAAGUUUCACAAUUAGUGCUAGGAGAUUCAAGGUGUACGAUAAUUCAAGGAAAUGUGUGCAUGAAGAUAACCGUGGUGCCGAUGUGUACGAUUCAAAGCAUGUUGAUGAGAAACUUUCCAUAUUUUUGGAUGGAUUGGAAGAAUCCGAAGAGUUUCAAAGCGGUCCCUUUACGAAAUUUAAGAUACAACAGCAGGUUUCUGUGAGAAAAUGUGAUCCGGCACAGAUAUUGAAAUCGCUAUGGCAUGAUCAUUCGUAUCAAUUAUCGAACAAUUGGUGCCUCACAGAACCCGAAUAUUUACAGAACUUUCAGCAAGAUCUACAAAAAGUUUUACUACGGUGCGAUUUCCCCAUAAAUGUGAUCAACACGAAUUUUGAUGCAGAUCAUUGGUCAAGGCUAGUGCCAAAACUCCCGAAACGUCAUCAAAGUGUUGUCAUGUUCUUCCUUUAUGCUCAAAAUGUCAAAGGUUAUCAACAGAUUUUGUUGAAUUGGGUUUAUAUUAAAACGACUAUUAGUUCUUUAGACUUCCCGUUGUUGGUUCAAUUGUGCCAAUGCCAAAGUUCGAAUCGGUCCACUUUAAUCUAUUUACGCAACUUGAUUGCUCACUAUAAACCUUCCAGUCGAAAUAAUGAGAAUAUUUCCAAACUCAUAAAAAUGGAAAUAGAGCAAUACAUUACAGCAAUUGACCUUUCGACGUUACCAACACCCAUCCUUGAUGCAUUCAGUAACAGCAUUGAAUGGGAUAAUAAUGAUAAUUAUAUGAAACUCCAGGUUAUGUGA